GUGAGUAACUACUCAUCUGGACCUUCCCAGCAUGGUUCGCAGAAAACAAAUUGCGGCUUUGAUCGUGGCGAUGAUCAUUGUGGCCGCCUUUGCUGACUCGGGAGUCCAACUUCGUGCAUUGGUCUUCAACCUCGACGCCGCCGGCGGAGGAGUGGGGCACUCAGUGGCCGCCGCUGUGACGGCGGCAAACACUACUACGCCGGCCCUUGUCAUCGCUCAGUCGCUUCCGGUCGACUUGGCCAGCUACUCGCCGUGGCUCGGGUCGCUUGUGGGGCCUGACCUCGUUCCUCUGCAUCCUGCUGCAGGCACAGCGCCGCCUGGCACUCUGCCCAACCCGAUGUUUCAUGACCUUCCGUCGCCUGCCUCGCCACCACCGCUGCCGGCUAUCGCCGCCCUCGCCGCAAACAGUCUCCCGCUCUUCGGUGCCAUCUCGACCUGCGCUUUCUCACCUGAUGAGCUCACCGGGUUUGAGCUCUCGCCUCCGAUCACCUUCUCGCAGUUGCACGCCUUCUGCCACCGCGCUGUCGUGCUGGGUAGGCGAUGCCUCGGGCCAGCCGGCAACGCUCCUAUCCCGUCGCUCUGGUUUGACCAUUUGGCGCUGGCCAUGCACGGGGCCACAUAUACCCACGCGUUUUCGCUCGGCUUCAACGUCUCUUUCACAUCUCCGGAAGUCAACGCCACCGUCCACCUCCUCCGAUCGUUCGCUAGCGCAGGCUACUUUGGGCCAAGCGAUCAGUCGCCGCUACUGGCGUGCGGUUACGAUGCGGCGGCUUCCGGCCGCAACGCAUCCAUUGCCUUUCCGCACUACAACAUGCCGAUCACCUGGGGUGCGCAGGCGUCCAGCUCGGCUUCGGAUCCGCUCGACGUCGGCGUCCUUGGCUUUGCCCACUUCCUUGCCGUCCCUAUCAACGCGCCCUUUCCCGCGCUUUCUCGUGACCUCCUCGGCGCUCUCGACGUCGCUAGGAGCUCUGUGGCUGCCUCAGGCUCGGCCUUUCCACUCUGGGUGGGAGGUAGGGCGCUUGCAACCACGCCCGAGGCUAUGCUGGGCUACGACCUGACCUCGCACGCCACGAGGUUGCUCGACUGGAGCUACAUCACCUUUAGCCCGCCGUCAUUCCGCUCUGCAUGGCUCUCGGCGCUAGAGAUGUUCAUAGAUCCAGCGGCCAAUGUCUCGCUCGCCCAAGAGCUCCAGCGCCUCGAAGCUGCCCGCCUCCAGCAUCGGCUCCGGCUCACGCUGGAGCCGCAGGCCCAUCCAUCGCCGGGCCACUACAAGACGGCGAUUGCUGUCCAGCUCACCACAUUGACAGCCAAUGCUGUCAUUUACUUUACGCUUGACGGCUCGCCUCCAACCGCUGGCGCUGCGCAGUACUCGGGCCCAAUCGUGCUUGCCUCUUCGGGUGACGUGGUCGUCAAGGCCAUGGCCGCUGGCGAUGGGCUCAGUCCGUCGCCGGUCCGGACGUUUGUAUACGGUCUCGACAUUGCCGACGACGGUGAUUCAGGCAUGUCAUCUGCGCUCCUCCUCGCUAUCAUCGUUCCGCUCGUCCUGUAUCUAACCGCGAUUGCCUUGGUCAUCAGGUACUUGUUGAGCCGGAGCAAGUCUGCACGGGUUGGCGCCUCGGAGCUCCGGCUCUCUGCCGACGCCGACGUCGCGAUUUCGCAGGACGAGCUCAGAGUUGGCACGGUGGUUGGUGUGGGCGCCUUUGGAACCGUGUACCGGGCUUUGUGGCGAGGAACUGAGGUGGCUGUCAAACGCGCUCAUCGUGCGUUUAGCAAGCGCCAGGACGUCGCCGACUUUAUCGAAGAAGCGCGCAUGCUAAUGAGCCUUCGCCACCGCAACAUUGUCAUGUUCAUGGGCAUCGUUCUUGACCCGCCGUCAAUUGUCACCGAGUUUCUCGACCGCGGCUCGCUCUAUGACGUCAUCCAUGAUGGCAGCAUCUUUCUGGACGCUUCGAUCGUCUUCCAGUGGGCCCACAACAUGGCCCAAGGUCUCGAGUUCCUCACCUUGGCCGGGGUAGUCCAUGCCGACUUUAAGUCACUCAACGUCAUGUUUGACGCCUCGUGGGUGCCCAAGAUCGUCGACUUUGGCAUGUCGUCGCUGCGAAGUGACAUAGAGGUGAAGCAAGUUGAGGCGGCUGACGCCUCGCUACCUGCUGAGGCUCAGAACCUUGGCUCGCUCUUUUGGGCUGCGCCAGAGAUCUUGGACCGCGGGCCGGACGCGCUUUCUGUGGCGUCGGACGCGUACGCGCUGGCCAUCACGCUCUUUGAGCUUGCUGCCCGAUCGGACCCGUAUCCCAACGAGAACCCAAUGGCAGUCGCGCUCCAGGUCCGCACUGGUCGCCGACCCAACAUCAUGCUUGUGCCUGGCGAGCUCGACAGUCUCGCCUCGAUCAUCACCCGCAUGUGGCACGCCGAUCCACACCAGCGGCUCUCGCUCGGUGAGGCCGCGCGCAUGCUCGAAAGUCUUUACGAGCCGUCUGAGGUUAUCUACCCGUCGAUGCAAUCGAUCCCGACCGGCACCGUGGUUGUCAUCGCCGUCACGUUCUCAAACAUCGAGGCUGCACUCAGCGACGCCCUCGUCCACACCGCCCAUGCGCUCAAGCUCUUCCACUCCUCGAUCCGCGAGACUGCCCUUGAAGCGGGCGGAACCGUCGUCGACUGGGGGUUGGCCACCGUCACCGUUGCGCUCCAUCGCCCUGCCCAAGCUGUCCUGGCCCUUGAAUCGCUCACCCAGCUCGAUUCAGCGCUCGGCAGUAGCAAGAUCGGCGUCGUCGCUGUCUACGGUGGUGUCAGCAAAAGUCGCGGCGACGGAGGCUUGGCCACCCUCGUUGGCUCAGCCAUGGAAGCACUCGACGAACUCUGUCGGCUCACCGCAGUCGAGUCGGAGCCCGGCUUCCAUAUCCAAGGUGAGCUGGUCUCCGCCUUUCCCGGCGGACCGUCGGACAUUGACCUUGACUUCAUUCCCAUCUCGUUUGAGGAACGGCGUGCCCGCUACGUUGCAGAUGCUGCCGCUGACGAUCACUGCGAUCGCUCGGCUGCCCCGGGCAAGGCCGACCUGUACUCGCGGUCGCGAAUAGCCGAGAAGGGCAACAGCUCACUCCUUGACUCACUUCUGGCGCUCACGGCCAAGGGCCAGAGUAUCAAGGCUGAGCCUGAUCGCGUGGGCUCGACCUUUUUAAUCUCCCGCGACGCUAUCCAAGACCUCAUCGAUGAGAGCGGUGAAAAGAUGACCGGAUCGUACGCCACGCUCUACCCAGCGGAGCUCGACGGGAUGGGUAAGGUGCUCAUCAAGGUCUCGCUGCGGCAAACUUACACACCCGAAGAUCUCGUCGCCUACGUCAGCGCGAUGAAGCGCUCCGCCGCUCUGGUUGCUGGCUCGCCGCUCCUGGCAGCGCCCAUCAGCGUCUGUGCCACUCCGCCGCUCGUCUCGUGCGUCGUCCCGUACCUCCCGCUCGGCUCGCUUGAGGUUCUCCUUGUGAAAGCCUUUCGGGCCGCGAGCAGCGGCGUGGACGUCGACAUGCCGCUCACUCCGGCAACAACGCUUACGAUCGCCCGCUCCCUCGUCGCCGCUCUCGAGGUUCUCCACCGCGACCGCGGUCAGUAUCACGGCGCGCUUCGGCCAACCAACGUGCUCCUCCGCGGCUCAGACGUGGCAGACAUCUCCGGUGUGGUGCUUUGCGACUUUGGCCUCAACGCCAUCAAGCACAACAUGGCGACGAUGACGCUCGCCCCGUCGGUCGCCUACAUGGCGCCCGAGUCACUCCGUGGCGAGCCGGACGCCAUGGAAUCAGACAUCUUUGUCAUGGGCACCCUCCUCUUUGAGCUCACUGCACACAUGCAAGCUUUCUCCGGCUCUAACGCCGUCGAAGUAGGCUUCCGUAUCAUGCGCUGCCAGCUCCCACCGCUCGAGCAUGUCCGCUCCAGGCUCCUGCGCGACGUCAUCACCCGCUGCUGGAUGGCCGAGCCGUCGCAGCGCCCAAACAUCACCUCGCUCAAGCGAGCUCUCGACGCCGCGACCCAGGCCGACUUUCCUGGGGGAUGA